AAUUAAACUCAAACUUUUCGCUUACGUCAUAAACAAUUUGUGGCAUACAAUAGCCACGUGCGCGUCCCGCUCUACCUCCAUUCCAGUCGGUCGUAGCUCCGGAUUUUACCGCAAUGCAUCAGACGUAGUCUCACUCUGGCUCCCCCAUCGCAUGAACCGGGACAGGGGCAGCUAGACUCAUACUCUCUUUACUGUCUGGCCAAAGCGUGUGUCAGCAGAUUAAAUACGAACCGCUGCCGGUUCCUUUCCGCGCAAGAUUGAGCGUCGUGUGAUCCUUGGAACCAUUUUGAAUUUUGGUUCAGGAUGGUUUUUCAACCGAUUACGAGUCCUCGUUAAACAGAUAAUUUGCCUGUCUCUCGUUUGGUUUUUUAAUAUACUUGCAAUUCGCGUAGAAACCGUGUAUGCCUAAGAUACCAACCGACGGUGGACUUUUUCGGCCCAAAGGAAACGCGGAGAAAAAAACGGGAGAACGACGCCAGAAGGGCAGCGAGAGGACAGUAGCGCGUGAGCUGCCAAGAACAGUACCAUUCUCAAGAAGAUCAUUGUGAUCAUCUUCAGCACAGUAGAAUAAUCUGCAUGUAAAAGGAAUGUGCUAUAUAAUUGCCAUAAUUUAACUUCAUGCAAAUUGUUUAUUUAUUUUAUUUAUCUACUGACUAUAAUGCAAACAAGUAAAGUUCUGUGAGGAUCUUGCAAACGCAUGUGAGCAAUUUAUAAGCUACAUUAACACAUUUCUUACAGAAAUCUCACAUUUUCCCCAAGCGCUGAUAAACGAAUGAGUACAUGUUUUUGAGGAGAAGACGUCUUUAAUGCCAGUGGGCAGGAGUGUACCUGCAAGCAAAGCAUGCGUAGCUGCACUGCGCGUGCGUAGAGCGGGGACGAUGGUAUUCUUAUAGAUCUCAGGAUUCUAAUAUUCUCAGGACUUGCACUUGACUUUUCUGCACCUAAGUAAUUGCCUGAUUACAAGCGUACAUAGGCAAGGUGUCUUUUUUUUCUUAAGGGGCAGUCUCGAUUUUAAAAGCAGCAGUAUUUUUUCCAAGUGCAGUAAUAAUUUGUUGUGCAUGUCAAGCCAAAGAACAGAGGCACUUUGUGCAUGUGUGUGAAUGAAUCUGGAAUGUCCCACGACCUCUGUGCACGCAUAUGCGCACAGAGAGACCGGUGCCCCCUUUUGCACACGUCAUGCAAAAGCUUCUCGACACCAGCUGCUGCUCUGGAUAUCUGCUUUAAACUUCAGUCUUAGCUGAAGCUUUAUGACUUGAACUGCAGAAUCUUUGAUGCAAAGGUCCAAAAGCUGAGCAAGUCUUCCAUAAAUCUUCAGAGCAAUAUGAAUGUUUUAUUUGUUUGAAAUACCUUUGAGUCUUAGUACAGGUAAAGAGGCAUUUGUUAGUCAAACUCGCACAAAAGUUUAUAGCUGACCAAGCGGUCAGCACAAAAGCAGAAACCUCAUCGCAGCUAAAAUUUCAGUGCUGCUGACACAAACUAAAUAGCUCCGACGACUUGUGAGUCGUUACACAAGAAAACCUUCUGAAGACAGAGAUCCACUGGUUUCUUUUACGAAGUAAGAACGUAAUAAGGACGCAACAGAUAACACUUCACAUCCUGUCAGGCAUGUCUGCCAGGCAUUUCCUGUUCCUGUGCGUGCUCUGUGCUCUGUAUGGUGAGUCGACAUUUUUUAUUAAGGCAGUGUCUAAAUCUUAAGGAAUGGUCAGUAGCACAUACCUACAUAUAUCCCUAGAUUUGAUCUGUUAUUGUUUAUUAAGCUAUAUGCUUACCUUAGCCAGUGGCACACCAUGUGUGGCAGCAUAUGUUGUUGUGUCCUUUCUGGGUGAAUUUGAAUCAUCUAGUCUCAUCAUCAUCUAGAAAAUUUUUAAGUCUCUUAUACAUCCCAGUCACAUUCUCUAUACACCCUUAUACACUCCCCAUCCCUCACCUUACACACCCUUAUACACUCCCCAUCCCUCACCCUACACACCCUUAUACACUCCCUAUCCCUCACCUUACACACCCUUAUACACUCCCUAUCCCUCACCCUACACACCCUUAUACACUCCCCAUCCCUCACCAUGCACACCCUUAUACACUCCAUACCCCUCACCCUACAGACUCAUAUACAAUUAUACACUCCUUACCAAUCACCCUACACACCCUUAUACACUCCCUAUCCCUCACCUUACACACCCUUAUACACUCCCCAUCCCUCACCCUACACACCCUUAUACACUCCCUAUCCCUCACCCUGCACACCCUUAUACACUCCAUACCCCUCACUGUACACACCCUCCUACACUCUCUACCCCUCACCCUACACUCCAUUUUACACUAAUACACUAUCAUCAUACACACCCUUAUACACUCCCUAUCCCUCACCCUGCACACCCUUAUACAAUUAUACACUCCCUACUGCUCACCAUACACACCCUUAUACACUCCCUACCAAUCACCCUACACACCCUUAUACACUGGCGAGAGUAAGAACUCUGCUGCUGUGUUCUCUAAUGGCAUCAUCACUGCAGUAACAUCUAGAUGCUAACUGUAAACCAUGCACACACGGUUGUGUUCAUAAGAGUUGGUGACAUCCCUGGUGCGUGCGUGCGUGUGUGCAUUCGUGUAUAUGUGCACGCACGUGUGUGCGUGCAUUUGUGUGUGCGUGUGUGUGCAUAUGCUCCAGUCUCUUUGUGCAGUGGGGCCUGUGCUGAGGUGGACUCAGACACACAGGCUGUGGCAGGGCAGAACUUCAAGCUGGGCUGCAUCUCCUGUAAGAUGAGAGGAGAGGUGGAGGCUUCCGCCACUGUAGACUGGUACUUCAGGGCGAAGGGAGAAACGGAUUUUGCGCAUAUCUACUCCUAUGAUGACGAAAGUCCCACUAUAAUCGACGAGCGGUUCAAGGAGCGUGUGAACUGGACCGGCAGCAGGAAGACCAAUGACCUGCAGGACGCCUCCAUCUACCUCCUUAACGUGACCUUCAACGACUCGGGAGUGUACCGCUGUUUCUUUAGUCGCACUCUCAGCUACCAGUACUACGAGUACCAGACCACAGUCAGCAAGCUGGUGCACCUCACUGUGGUGGCCAAAGCGACGCGUGGUGUGGCCUCCAUUGUUUCGGAGGUGAUGAUGUAUGUGUCAAUUAUCGGCCUACAGCUGUGGCUUCUGGUGGAGAUGGUUUAUUGCUACCGAAAGAUCGCUGCUGCGGGUGACGAGGCCCUGCGAGCCAGCGCUGCGGAGUAUUUAGCAAUAGCAUCGGAGAGCAAAGAUAACUGUACAGGAGUGCAGGUGGCAGAAUAAUACAGGUUUUCCCUGCACUGUUUGCAUGCGUUGGCAAGCUCCAGAUGUCCUGAUAUCGUCGCAAACAUCCAGCCAGUGUCUCCGUUCUCUUCUGCCGAGUCUUAACUCGGUCCACUACUGAAGCAGAGUCGUGUCUGCCAGUCCCAGGCCCAGACUCAGUACUGCCCCAGGUCUAACCCUCCAUUGUGGCUCAGCUGUAGUCGAUUCCUAUAUCCGUGCUAGUAGGGCCAGGAGAAGCCUGCUGUACAGAGAAGUGGUACUGGGACUGGGAAACUGCCAUCUGCAGGGUGGUAAAACACUCCUAGUUUGCAUGAUUUUUAAUAAUAAUUACGGAAUGACUAGAGUGUCCCUUCUAACCAAGUAUAUUCUACACUCCACGCAUAUGCUGAAUUAAGAAACCGACUUAAACAUGCUUUUUUUACAUACUGUAUGUAUUCCUGCAUUGGAAAUUAAAAAUAAAAAUAAAAAUGCAAUACUCUGAUAGUGCACUAGAGGACAGUAAGGAGCACUGAUUUCUACAUAAUUUUGCUUAGUUUCAGGGCCAUAUUUACCAUGGUGUACUGCUAUUGGUGCAUGUGCUAGCAGCAAAUGCUACAUUGAUAUGCUGGCAGAACGGCUGGCUGCAGUUCCGCUUUCAGCCAUUCUGUUCCUGUCAUUCAAUGUUGGAGGUUGGCAGACAACACCCUUAAAGGCUGGAACCUGCAUGGGCGAUGGUACAUAUGGCCAAGGCAGAGCUGAAAACCCCCGUUUUUUACAAGCUUUAGUUGAACUUGUGCUGCAGCAGCUGUCAGCCUACACAAAGCGUAGUCCCCAUGGAGCAAUGCCUGCUUGCUUAUCCAAUCAAGUAAAUGUUCUUUAAGUUUAGACAGUAGUGCCUAAACUUAACAUAUCAAUGACUAACACAUAAAUAUUAAUUAGUGAGUGUAAUAAAUCCUUAAGAUAUGUGAAUAGAGAAACUGCACUGAAUGCAAACUCAGUGGUAGAUUACCUCUUUGCUAAAAUGCAAUAUCAACAAAUACUGUAGUAUUAAGACUGACUUAGAGCCGAAAUACUGUAGUAUCAGGACUGUCUUGGAGCCCACAUACUAUAGUAUCAAGACUGUCUUAGAGCCUAAAUACUCUAGUACUAAGACUGUCUUAGAGCCCGAAUACUGUAGUAUCAGGACUGUCUUAGAGCCCGAAUACUGUAGUAUCAGGACUGUCUUAGAACCUAAAUACUGUAGUACUAAGACUUUCUUAGAGCGUAAAUACUGUAGUAUCAGGACUGUCUUAGAGCCAGAUACUGUAGUACUAAGACUGUCUUGGAGCCCAAGUGUUUGCACUUUAGUCUCUUGAGUAAAUGCAUGACCAAUCAGCAACUCCGCAAUGCAAAUAUAUUAAAAUCUUGUAACCUCCCUCUUCACCAUGCUGCUUCACCAUAAUACUCACUGCUUGACAAUGUUUAGGAUAAAUGUAUCAGAGUGUUAUGUGAAAAGCAAAACACAAGCUGUGAAAGAGACAGGCCUACUUCUUUUGGAGUAUGUGGGGGGGGUGUGAAAUUUAAAUAUGCAAAUUAAAUAAUUAAAACAAA